AUGCUGCUGGGCCCCUGGCUGCUGGCGGCGGCGACGGCGGUGGCGGCGGCGGGCGCGGGCUGCCCGGUGCUGUGCAGCUGCCGCGGGCAGGCGGUGGACUGCAGCGGGCUGCGGCUCUUCUCCGUGCCCCCCGAGCUGCCGCUGGACACCGGCAACCUGAGCCUGGCCCACAACCGCAUCGCCAGCAUCCCGCCGGGCUACCUGGGCUGCUACGGGCAGCUGCGCGCCCUCGACCUGCGCAACAACUCGCUGGCGGCGCUGCCGGCCGGCCUGUUCCGCGGCGCCCGGCGCCUGGCGCACCUGGACCUGAGCUACAACAACUUCAGCCUGGUGCCCGCAGACAUGUUCCGCGAGGCCAGCGCGCUGCUGCGCCUCGAUCUCAGCCACAACCCGGGGCUGCGCCGCGUCCACCCGCAGGCCUUCCGCGGCCUGGCCCAGCUGCGCGAGCUGGACCUCAGCUACGGCGGCCUGGCCGCCCUCAGCCUCGACGCCCUGGAGGGGCUGCCCGGCCUCGUGGGGCUGCGCCUGGGGGGCAACCCCUGGCUCUGCGGCUGCGCCAUGGAGCCGCUCCUCAAGUGGCUGCGGGGGCGCAUCCAGCGCUGCUCCUCGGAUUCGCAGCAGGCGGAGUGCUGGGCUCCCCCCGAGGUGGCGGGGGCCCCGCUGCUGUCGCUGACGGAGGAGAGCUUCCAGGCCUGCCACCUGACGCUGACCCUCGACGACUAUCUCUUCAUCGCCUUCGUCGGCUUCGUCGUCUCCAUCGCCUCGGUGGCCACCAACUUCCUGCUGGGCAUCACGGCCAACUGCUGCCACCGCUGGAGCAAGGCCAGCGAGGACGAGGACGUUUAGGGACCGCCGCUGCCACCACCGCCAAUAGA